AUGGCAGCGACUGCAGGCAGAUUCACCUGCUUGUACACAUACCCAUUGCGUCAAGCAUCAAGAACUUUCAUAUCCUCUUCUACAACAUCCUUACGUUCCUUUGCUUCCGAAGCAGCACCUCCUACAGGCUCCGAACCAUCACCAUCUGCAACCCCGAAACGCCGCCCAACUUACUUCAAAGAUAGCCCCGUCCCCACGCUCACCGAAUUUAUCAGUCUCCUAGAAGAACCCCUCACGGUUGAAGAUGCGCUCGAACUACGCACAGCAAUGGUCGGACCGGCCGGGAAGAAGAAACAAAUCACCCGACUACCGGAGUGGCUGAAGACACCCAUUCCCAAUAAUUCGAACUACAAAAAGAUUAAAAAAGAUUUGCGCGGUUUAAAGCUACACACCGUGUGCGAGGAGGCGCGCUGUCCCAACAUCUCGGAGUGCUGGGGCGGGAGCGAUAAGAGCACGGCGACGGCGACGAUUAUGCUUAUGGGCGAUACAUGUACUCGCGGCUGUCGAUUCUGCAGCGUCAAGACCUCCAAAACGCCUCCUCCUUUGGAUAUCCAUGAGCCCGAACAUACUGCCGAAGCUCUCUCCCGCUGGGGAUUAGGUUACGUUGUCCUAACAUCCGUGGAUAGAGAUGAUCUCGCCGAUGGUGGAGCCCGUCAUUUCGCCGAGACCAUCAUGAAGAUCAAGCAGAAGAAGCCAGAGAUGCAUGUGGAGGCUCUCACGGGGGAUUAUGCGGGGGAUCUAGAGAUGGUAGCGCUAGUGGCAAGGAGCGGGCUAGAUGUUUACGCACAUAAUAUGGAGACGGUGGAAGAGCUGACGCCGUUUGUGAGGGAUCGAAGGGCGAAGUUUAGACAAAGUUUGACGGUGCUGGAGGCUGCUAAGAAGACGGUGCCGAGCCUGAUCACCAAGACAAGUAUUAUGCUUGGACUGGGCGAGACGGAGGACCAACUCUUAGAGACGUUGAAAGAACUGCGCAAAAUCGACGUAGACAUCGUCACGUUCGGUCAAUACAUGCGCCCAACCAAGCGGCAUAUGAAAGUUGAGGAGUAUGUCACUCCGGAGAAAUUCGAAGCAUGGCGUCAGCGAGCGCUCGACAUGGGAUUCCUAUAUUGUGCGAGCGGGCCUUUGGUUAGAAGCUCAUAUAAGGCUGGUGAGGCAUUCAUUGAGAAUGUGCUAAAGAAGAGGAAGGCCAAAACUCUUCUAGGAGACGAGGUUAUGAGGGUGCAGAAAGACGUUGUAUUACCAUAA